UUAAGAUCUAAUUUAAGAAUAAAAUCUAAAUCAUUUAUAAUAAUUUUUUUUAAAACAAUGUCAGAUAAAUUUAGUAUUAAUGAAAUAUUGAGAUCAAAUUAUAAUACACAAAUUACAUUCACUGAUAUACAUAAAUCGAAUGAAAUAAUAUUACCUAUCACAACAAUUACAUCAUCUAUUUCAACGAAUCAUAAUCAUAAUUAUUCAAUGACAUCAUCAGAUCAUUCAUUGAAUUCAUCAACAUUCAAAGAGUUUCUAAUCGAUUCUAAUGUAAAACAAACAUUGGAAUCAUUAACACAUGAUAAUGAUAAAAAUAUUCAACACAUUUUAAAUUCCGCACAAUUUAAACGAUUUAUCAAUAUAUUAAAAUCAUUUAAAUAUUCAACUAUUAGUAAUCAAUUAUUGAAUGAAAUAAGAACAAAAUAUAUAGAAGAAUAUAAUAUAACAAAUCCUGUAAUUAUGAAAUAUUUAACACAUAUAUUUACUAAUAAUCCAAAUGUUAUCUUAAAUGAAUUAUCCAAAGAUAAUAUUAUUGAACCAAGGCGAAUUGGACAUCCUUAUCAGAGUAGAAUACCUAGAAAACGGAAAAAACCAAGAGCAUCAUUCACAAGAUAUCAAGUGACAACACUUGAAAAAAAGUUUCGUCAACAAAAGUACUUGGCUUCGACUGAGAGGAAUGAGCUAGCAAACCUGUUGAAAAUGACUGAUGUACAAGUGAAAACAUGGUUUCAAAAUCGUCGAACGAAAUGGAGGUCAGAUGACAAUCGUAGUAUGGUUCUAAAUGUUUGUUCAUUUAAUGUUACAAAAUAUAGUUCAGUUCAAAUAUCGAGACAAACAAAUGAGGAACGUGAAACAGAAUGGAGGGCCACAGGACGUUUUUUAUUAAGUUUACAUUCUCAGCUGAAUUUACUUAAAGAAAACUUACAUAUGAGUAAUAGUCAAACAUUUUAUUCCACAGUGAGCGGUUAGACAUAUUCAAGAAUAACUAAAAUCAACUGAAAUAUGUAAACUAUUAAGCUGAUAUUCCUUGAAUUGAAUUUUUCCUUUAUCGUUUGGUCAUACACUCAUCUAACCUAUUGACUUUGUACUGUUUAAUUGAGAUAAACGUUUGUACAUCUAUCUAUGGUGUUAAAUCAGAUUGGAUCGCCCAAAAGAAUAUUAACAAUUAAUCCCCAUUAAAAGCAUCACUUAUUUAUUACAUCUAUAACUUUUUUUCUUCUCGCUUAAUUAUCUUGGAUUCAUGGUGAUUUAUAGGCAUUGGAAAACCAUGUUAAAAACAACUUCAAUAAAAGACUGUCAAGAUAAAUCUGGACACGGAAAAAUCUGUGCGAAUGAACAAAUGAUAUGCAAAAUUGUACUGUGGAAACAAAUGGCAGCGAAAUUCAUCAUGAACCAAAUUUAUCAAGAAAAACAUUGAAAUAUUACGAUAGUCCUUAAAUCCAUUGAAAUGUAAUGUUUUGACAGAAUUUGAUUUAAUGCUUUUCCAUGUCACAAUUCAGCUCGAAAAACAAAAGAAAUUCGAAAAUCACUUUCGAAUAAUCGUUAUGCUUAGUAGUAUUCAGAUUAUUAUACGAACAAGGAAUCGCCGAAACAAAGCAAUUUAGGUCAGUGUGAUAAUCAGGAGUAUUUGAAUUAUAGUACGAACUAAGAAUUCCAGAAAUAACGUAAUAGCAUCAAGAAGUACUAGAUGACCACAAACGAAUGUACUGUAUUUGGAAUUCAAAAUCAAGCAUUCAACAAGUACAAAAGAAUCACUAGUUCAUUCAAACACCACA